GCAGGAGGUGAGAGCUUCUGUUAAUCUUUGCAGUUUAACAAGGGUCAGAAAGCGCACGAACAGUGUAGUGUCUGUCACCGGUUACCUCUCUGACGGAGGAUCCAUUGGAUUUCAACGCACGAAUGAAUUAUAAUCUUUGGUUGGCAAAGAAAAUGAAAUUCGGAAGAGCCUCUCGGUUCCUCUCUGCGGUGAUCUUCAUCUUACAAACUGCGGGAACUGAAGCUGGCUGUGAAGGUCAACAUUGUGAGGAUAAAGACACUCUGGAAUCCGCUGCUCAGAAACACACAGAGAAAACUCACAGAUCAUCUUUGAGACGUUUUAAUCAAUUUAACAAACAGGCAGAAGACCGAAAGUUUCGAAGCCAUGAAGCGGUCAUACCGUUCACUGGAAUUACGGACAGUAGCAGGCUGAACAGGAGUUGUUGUCAAAAUGGAGGAACAUGUGUACUUGGCAGUUUCUGCAUUUGCCAUAAACACUUUGUGGGAAGAAGUUGUGAAUAUGAUGAACGCAUUAGAAACUGUGGCUACAUUCCUGAAGGAGCAUGGGUGUCUAAAAAUUGUACAUGGUGUAAGUGCAGCUAUGGGAUUUUGCACUGUAUCAAAGGAUCUCAGGAUGACUGUGAUAUUAAAAGAGAUUUAAAAUAUCUCAGAUAUUACCAGCUAAUUUCAGAUGGAUCUCAGCUGUUACCAAUUAGAUACUUACUGCUGCCUGGGAUACUCACAACGAUUGUGCUACUUGGACUUUUACCUUUGAAUGUAUGGUCUUGCAAACUGGAAAGGCCCUGCAGAACAUUUUAAUUAUGUUCCAGAGAAUUUAUCCACAUCGAUGAAAGGAUGCUGCUAUAAGACUAAUUAUAGUUCAACUUCUAAUGGAACGUUACUAUUCUUUUUCAGAGAACUGCAUCAGUUCUAUUAUGAAAUAGAAUCAUGCAAAGCUACAGGGUACACUUGUGACAGACUUUAAAUGCACGUGUGAUGCAUAAAUGCCAUUCUUUGGCGUGGGUGGAUCUGUAACUGGAACAAAUAUACAGUGGUGUUUUUCAUGUUGUUUUCAUUGAUUAGCAACAGUUAAAGGCAAGGGAGAGUUGCAAUGAUUGAGAUGUGAUAUUGAAUGGAGGGAAUUGUGCAUUGAACAUAUUAAUGGUUUGGUUAAAUAAAUCAAGUCUUUUUUUAGUUUAAUUAUUCAAGGAAACAACUUGUAUACUGUUGAAUGAUAUUUUCAAUAAUAGUUUAAAUAUUGUAUGUAAUUUUUGUUAUAUGAAGUUAUUUCAUAAUAUAAAAUUUUAAUAAAUCUAU